UCCGCCUUUCUCCCCCACCCCCCCUUCCACCUGCUCCUCGAGUUCCUCCCUCGUCCCCUCAAACCCUAAAAGUUAAACCUACUUUAGUUUACUCUUUCCUUUCCCUUCCCCUUUUCUCGCUCGUCUCCCCGCCUGAGCUCCGCAACCAUGAAGCUCAACAUUGCCAACCCCACGACGGGGUGCCAGAAGAAGGUCGAAAUCGAUGACGAUCUCAAGCUGCGUGCGUUCUUCGACAAGAGAAUCUCUCAGGAGGUCAGCGGCGAUACCCUUGGCGACGAGUUCAAGGGGUACGUCUUCAAGAUCAAGGGAGGGUGCGACAAGGAAGGUUUCCCCAUGAAGCAAGGUGUUCUCACACCUGGCCGCGUCCAAAUCCUCAUGCACAGGGGCACCCCUUGCUUCCGCGGCUACGGCCGGCGCAACGGCGAGCGCCGCAGAAAGUCGGUGCGCGGGUGCAUUGUGAGCCAGGACCUUUCCGUGCUGAACCUGGUCAUCGUCAAGCAGGGCGACAACCACCUCCCCGGUCUGACUGACACGGAGAAGCCCCGGCUUCGUGGACCCAAGAGGGCGUCCAAGAUCCGGAAGCUGUUUGCGCUCAGCAAGGAGGACGAUGUGACCAAGUAUGUCAACACGUACCGCCGCAAGUACACCACCGCCAAGGGCAAGAAGAAGAGCAAGGGCCCCAACAUUCAGCGCCUGGUGACCCCCCUGACCCUGCAGCGCAAGCGCGCUCGCCUGGCAGAGAAGAAGAAGCGCGUGGCCAAGGCCAAGUCCGCUGCUGCCGACUACCAGAAGCUGCUGGCGCUGCGCAUCAAGGAGCAGAGGGAGCGGCGGUCCGAGUCCCUGGCUAAGAAGCGGGCCUCCCGGGCGUCCCAGGCUAAGCCCGCUGCGGCUCCUGCUAAGGAGUAGGGAUGGAUCAUGGAUGUGGGGAAUGGGAGAUGAUAGAGCCAUGGAUGGCUGGCUUUUUUUGUCUCUUGGUGGCAAUGGUAAUUUGUAAUUUGUCAGCUGUUGCAUUAGAUUGGCGAGCUUGCAAUGUAACCGUUGAAUGGAAAAUAUACAAGAUCCGGCUAUCAGUAAAUCAAUAUAGAGAUUCACGCCUC